AUGGGAAUUCUCACGCUCAAGAAACUAGAAAAAAUAGAUAUUUCAAAUACUAAGGUCACAGUAUUACCACCCGAAAUCGGCGAGUUAGAAUUCUUGAAAGAGUUAGCAAUUCAAAAUACUCCCCUCCUCGAAUCUAAGCCAUUUUCUAUCUUAAAAUCUAAGUCACCAUCCGAAGUUGCUGCAUUUUUCAAGCGAAUUACCCUUAAAGAUGAGAUUCCAAAGUUUCAUUUCGAACCUCAUAAUCCUCAAGAGAGAGUUUUUUCGAUUUUGUCGUGGAAUAUACUUGCAAGCAAGGUAGCAAGAAGAGAUUUCUACCCACUUUCUACCGAAAAAUGCAUGGCCACUUAUUAUCGUGACACAUUAACUGCCCAAAUCGUAGACGAAAUACAUCCUGAUAUUAUUGCACUCCAAGAGUUCGAGGCUCGACAGGCAUCAGAUUGGAGCAAGCCAUUUAUAGAAAAUGGCUAUUGGGUAACUGUUGCACCAAAAGGCCGCUACUACACAAAGAAGCCAGCUGAUCAAUUAUUUGUCCACGGACAAGCUACAUUCGUCAAUCUCCAUAGAUUCGAUGUUCUUAUUUCUCAAUUAUUUUAUCCUCGCGAUUCAAAGUUAGUUUCAGCCGAUGAUACAGACAUCAAAGGAUGCGACGAUGUUGUCCUCAUUACUGCUGUUCGAACUCAUUCAAAGCCGUCAAAGAAUUACAUCAUUCUUAACGUCCACAUGAAGUUCAACGACGCUGAAGUCAGAAAGAGACUCGCUGAGAUCAUCAUGAAGGAAACUCUCAAUUUCGCUCAUCAACAAUUCAAAGUUUUCGGAAUUAUUGUUGUUGGCGAUUUCAAUGACAAAACAAACUCUCCAACUCUUCAGAGGUUUUACGAUUUCAAGCUGUCAAACAUUUACGACGCAUUCCAUUCUACAGUCAAUACGGCGAUUUUCCAGAAAGACGAUGCAGCAAGAAUCGACCAUAUCUUGAUAUCAAAGAAUAUCAAGGUCAAGUCAAUUUUGAGUCAAGAUACAUAUGGCCAAUUGGCUGAGGCCCAUCCUUUCAUUCCUUGCUACGGAUUUCCUUCUGAUCAUCUCCCGAUCGGAGCUGUAAUUGAAAUAUAA